GAAAAAAGUUGCUAGGCGAAAUGGAGUCCACUAAAAACGAGCAUCAAUUUGUUCAUUAUCCUGAGGUCCGCGAAGGACCGUCCGUCCCCUACCAGAACGAGACACAAUCGAUUCCCGUCUUCCGCGGCACACCCUUGGCCAUCGGAGCUGCCGUCAUCCACUCCGUCGGAUUUGUUCAAAGCUUCUUCUGGCGCAAUGCCGGGUUUGACGUGAUUCGCGAAAUCCCACAACUGCGCGACUAUGCUCCUCGCUACGAUCCAACUGUGAUUCCGGUCGGCGACUCGAAGCCUGCAGCCACAGAGGAGCUUCCACCAUCGCCAGCAAGCAGAAAGGGUUCUGCAAACUACUACACUUCUGCGGACUACCAUGCGCUGUACAAGUCCGGGAAACUGACUCCGACUGCUGUCGUGGAGGCACUGCUACCCCUGAUCCGGCGUGAUGUUCGACCCCCGGGAAGCACUCGGUCGCCUUUGUGGAAUCGCAGUCAAAGAUACAAGCAAGGUCAGCCCCUGGGGCCUCUUGACGGGGUGCCGGUCGCGGUCAAAGAUGAGGUGCAUGUCGAAGGGCACCGACGAAACCUCGGGAGCAACCUGGACUUCAAGGGAGGGUUUGAGGGCACCUCUUGGUGCGUGCAGAAGUGGGAGGAAGCUGGUGCUAUUAUUAUCGGGAAGACUACCAUGCAUGAGCUUGGUCUGGACACCACGAACAACAAUCCGAACUACGGGACACCCAGAAACCCGCACAACCAGAGCUACUACUGCGGUGGCUCCUCAGGAGGGUCUGGCUAUGCGGUCGGAGCUGGCCUGGUGCCCAUCGCGCUGGGCGCGGACGGCGGAGGCUCAAUCCGCAUCCCCUCUUCCUUUUGCGGGAUUUGGGGCCUGAAACCCACACAUAAUCGUGUCAGCGGCUUCCCAACGGCUUCGCUGGCUCCAACAGUCGGCGUCUACGGACCGAUGGCAGCCAGCAUCGAUGACCUCGCGCUGGCCUACCGCCUCAUGGCGGCGCCCCGCCGGCAACCGAAGACCCCCAUCUCAUCUACUCAUCAAAGGCCCCGGAGCAAGACCAUCGGCAUAGUCCGCUCCUGGAUCGGCCGUGCCGAGCCACCCGUCCGAGCCGUCUUUGACGCCGCUCUCGACUUCUACCGCAAGCAAGGCUACACCAUCGUCGAUAUCGCCAUCCCCUACCUCCCCGAGGGCCAGCGCGCACACGUGCUAACGAUCAUGGCCGAGAUCGCGUCCGGCCUGAAACCAGCGCAGAUCAGCGCUCUCACAGCUCCCAACAAGGUCCUCGUCAGCAUGGGCAUGUGGCAGAUCACCGCACAAGAUCUCAUCGCCGCCCAGCGCCUCCGUAACCUCCUCAUGUCCCACCUCGCCCACCUCUUCCGCCAACACCCCGGUCUACUCAUCCUCACCCCGACAUCUCCCAUCCCCGGUUGGAGGAUCGAAAGCGAGACGGAUCUUGCCCGCGGCGUGUCCGACGGCAGAGCCUCCGUCCGGAAUAUGGAGUAUGUCUGGCUGGCGAAUUUCAGCGGGUGUCCGGCCAUCAGUUGUCCCGCUGGGUACGCCGACGGUGAUAAAGGGGGCCGUGUCCCCGUCGGUGUAAUGGCUAUGGGUGAAUGGGGAACGGAAGAAGAUCUCAUUGCUUUUGCAAGGGAGGGAGAAGCGAUCUUGGAUCUCCCUGGGAACCAGCCAUCCAAAUCCGAUCGGCCGGAUGGAGAGUCGACUGGCUUGAGGAUUCCGGGCGGUGACGGCUGCCUAUGGGAGGAUGUGAUUGCGAAAGCUACCGCAGAAGGCUCCUCUUGAGUGGUACACCUAUAUACUGAACGGGAUGAAACUUAUCUUCCGUAUAUAAGACCGUAGUCUCGCGAUCCCUGCGUGUGCUUGUUCGCCUUUUGUACAAACAUUCUGGCUUGCUGCUAAAUGUUCGAUGCGUGCUUCCGAUCGCACCUACCGUGGAACACGACAUGGUUCUUGAUUGAGAUUUGACAUGGGAUAAAUCCUACGAGAAGGAGGUCAUAGUUUGGUAUGCGAACGAUCAACCACAGUCAGGAUGAAGUAUAUAAUAUUACCAUGGUAUGCACAAAAAUGGACUGACCAGCAGCCGUGAGAAAUGCCAUAGUGAUUCUC